GUCCGGGGCGGGGAGCACCAUGCCGCCGCCCUGAGCGCGCCGCCGCGCCGGGCCCAGUGACUUUAUAACAUGCAAGACAUUGAUGCCAGGGGGAGUUCCCCUGCUUUCCUUCCACCUCAGAAUGGGAGCAGUCACAGGUCUUCUGGGUAUGUCCCGGGGAGAAUUGCCCCUCUUCGUCCCCCACCGCCUUCACACAGCCAUGUAUCAGCUGAAUUUACCUCUGCGAGACAAGAAGCCCGGGCCAUGUUCACAUCCUCAUCACCAGGACAGCACCGCCGCCAGGCAGAAGCCAACAGACAUAAAAAUACUCUCAUUUGCUUUGCUGUUUCUAGCUUUUCACUUUUUGUUGCACUGGGGAUUUUUAUGGGAAUAGCUUCGAAAUAUGCACCAGAUGAGAAUUGUCCUGAUCAGAAUCCUCGUCUGAAAAACUGGAGCCCUGGGAAGGAUCCUGAAAAGAAGGUUAUCAUCAAAAAGGGAGAUCUGUUUCGUCUGAACUCGGAUGCUACAGUACAUUCUAUAACCAUACAGGAUGGAGGUUUACUUGUUUUUGGUGAUGAUAAAGAUGGUUCUAAAAAUAUUACUUUGAGAACUCGUUUUAUCCUGAUAAAGGAUGGUGGAAUGCUUCAUGUUGGAGCAGAGAAAUGCCGCUAUAAAUCCAAAGCAACUAUUAUUUUGUACGGGAAGUCAAAUGAAGAUGCUGAUGUGCCAGAAUUUGGCAAAAAAUUUAUUGGUGUGGGCCCUGAAGGAACGCUGGAAUUGCAUGGGCAUCAGAAGCUAUCAUGGACUCUUCUGUCAAAGUCUAUGAAUUUCUCAGGGCUGGCCUGUGGUCAUUAUGCAUUUAAAAAGAAUUUUUCCCGAGGACUAAAUGUGAGAGUGAUUGAUCAGGACACGGCGAGUGUUUUGGAAGUGUUGAAAUUUGAUACUCAUGAGUUUUCAGAAGAAAGCUUGAAACUCCAGAACUUACUGAAGAAUAGAAGUCCUGGUCGCAUUAUCGCUAUUGCUGUAGGAGAUUCAGCUGCUAAAAACUUACUGGAAGAAACUAGAGUGACUAUUCAAAAUCUUCUGGGAAGUAGGUUUGUCAGAGGAUUGAGUUACAGGCAAGCCUGGGCUUUAGUUGGUGUUAUAGGUGGUGGGAAUUCUUCCUGUAAUGAAUCAGUGCGAGACUAUGAAAAUCACAGCACCGGUGGGAAAGCUCUUGCUCAGAAAGAAUUUUUCACAGUGGAUGGUCAGAAGUUUGUUGUGAGAGCUUACAGUGAAUGGAAUGAUGGUGUCCCAAUUUCAGGCUUCCAGGUAGAACCUGUUGGUGGAGUGAUAUUGAAUCUUCUGGAUGAUGUUAGCAGUUGGCAGCCUGGAGACCGAAUUGUGGUUGCAAGUACAGACUAUUCAAUGUAUCAGACAGAGGAGUUUACACUCCUUCCCUGCCCGGAGUGUACCAAGCACCAGGUCAAAGUCAAAG